GUUUUCUUUCCUUCAUUCCAAUCACUUUCCUUCAAUCCUCACAUUACCUUCUCCCAAACACAGCUGUGCUGUUCAAUUUCGAUUUUUUCAAUUCCCAACCACACAGCCGCGCUGUUCAUUAGUAAACUUAUUUCACGCCACUCUUUCAAUCUGUUUUCAAUACAAACCCUACAACCAUCAUGCAAUUCUCAUCUGCUCUAGUCUUGGCAUUUGCCUCCCUCUCUGUUGCUGCUCCAUCUGUCGUUCGACCUACUAGCAGUUUUGUCGCUAGAACCCUCCUCGCCAGAGCUCUGGGCCCGGUUGCGACAUAUAACGAAAUCUCCAUCAGUGGUGGUGUCGGCGGAGACGCCGAAGCUGAGGCACUCGCCAAGUUGCCUGUGGGAACAGAUUUUGCUGCGGUCUCAAAAGAGGAUAUUACGUUCCUGCAAGCCGUUAACGGUAUGUGCAACGACGCUGAGAUUCUAGCAUUCAACCCAGCCAUCGAAGCAGCAACUGGGCCCGAGAAGGAAGCUGUCGCGGUAAUUAGUAAUCUGCUCCAUUUAUAUAACAUUCGCUAAUAUGAACCUUAGUGCGGUAAAACCAAAAACAAGGUCCUGAAACUCACAGCAACCAUGCUGUCGUUGCAAGCUCUCCAAGCUCAAGGAGAAGAUGUCUCCGAAAAGAUGGCUGUGGAAACAAAGAAGCUUGCCAACAACAUCGCCACGGAUAAGGCAAAUGCUGGCAAGCCAUGCACUAAACUUGAGUUCGCCACUGCUACGAAUGAGGCCAGGAAGACGACUAAGGACAAGAAGCCUGUGGAUGGUGCUGCGGAAGGUGCUAAGCCCAAGGAGGAUGGUGCUGCGGAAGGUGCUAAGCCCAAGGAGGAUGGUGCUGCGGAAGGUGCUAAGCCCAAGGAGGAUGGUGCUAAGGACUCCAAGAAGGCCGACAAGGAGACCAAGAAAGCUGACAAGGAGGCAAAGAAAGCUGCAAAGGAGACAAAGAAGGAGGAGUAAAUUAUUGGGGGAUAAAGAGUCGGUAUCGCCAUUCGCAUCAUAAAACGGCGGAAAUAAUUCGUUUCUUGGGGUUGAUUUUAUCUUGGGGGAUAGGAAUGUGUAGGGUCACAUUGGUUUCUAA